UGUUAAUAUUACGCAUCAGAAAUUCAAAGCUCAUAAAAUGCUUACAUUUAAUACCCCAAAACCAUUUUUGUUCUCUCUAAAUAAAACAGAGUGGAGAGAGUCUUAACACCGAUAGACUUCUUCUUGACUUCCAAUACCUUCAAAAAUAUAUUUUCCUCUCUCUUCAUUUUGAUUCCAAAAUCUUACCGUUUUAUCUGAUCAUCCUAUUCAAAUACCGGAAAUUCAUUCUGCUCAUCCAUUUCACUUCCAGCAUAAACAUGGGUUUCAAAGAUUUUCAUCUUAAGCUUAAGGCUUUGCGGCUGAGGCGAUUUUUUAUUGGAGGUGAUGGGAAUAGGGAAAAAGGGUAUGAGAAUGGAAAGAGAGCAUCAUGGAUGAUGCCCAUUUCACAUGGGUAUCAUGUGGUGGAUGAUCAGUCUUCAUUCAGAGGUGGGUCCCAUGAGUCAGACUCGGACUCGGUUGUGGUGCAGAGAGAGCAAUUUGAAGACAUGGAACUGUGGUUUUUCGGAGUUUUUGAUGCUCGGCUUGGAGAUGGAGUUACCAAGUAUAUGCAAUCACAUUUGUUUGACAAAAAACCUAAAGAGUCUCAGAUAAAGAGGAAAAGCAAAGAAACCAUGAGAAAGGCAUAUCUUGGCGCCAGAGCAAAACUCAGAGAGACACAGAAACCAGAAGAGACAUGGAAAGCAGGCUCAGCAUCUGCAAUUGUGAUCAAUGGGGACAAGCUUGUGAUCGCUAACAUGGGUGACUACAAAGCUAUCGUGUGUAGAGAUGGCGAUGCUUAUCAGAUUAGCAGAAGGAAACAGCAAGCUGCCAAACGACAUUGGUCUCGAAGAUUCAUUCCAGGUGCUAUACGUAUGCCCAAAGUGCGCAUUUUAGCAUGCGACCCCGGCAAUGCCAUGAACGCAAAGCCCUCUAAAAGCUUGGAACUUCUCGUUGGUACUGAAAAAAUAGACACUGAUACUGAAUUUGUGAUCUUAGCAAGUAGUGGCAUAUGGGAGGUGAUGAAGCAUCAAGAGGCUGUGAAUCUGAUUAGGCACAUAGAGGACCCACAAGAGGCUGCUGAGUGCUUAGCAAAGGAGGCCUUGACUAGAAUGAGCAGAAGCAACAUUUCUUGCUUGGUCAUCCGGUUUGACUGAGAGUGGCAUGUUUGUUCAGAAUUUGAUACACAUUAUUGUAAUGAUAUAAUGUUUUGGAUGAUUCAAAUGACUUUGUUUUCUUUUC